AUGCUUGAAUUAUUCUACAAUGUGAGAAAGAUAUAUUACUUGUUCGUUUCUAUCGUUGGUGUUCCUGUGAACUUAGUGGCGAUUGUGAUCCUGUCCCGGGGAAAGUGCGGUCUCUCGACCUGCACCACUCGCUACCUGGUGGCCAUGGCAACGGCGGAUCUACUGACCAUCACCUUUCAGGUCAUAUUGUGGCGGAUCAGUUAUUAUUACUUCCCCGGGACUUUCCUGGACAUCACCCCCGUGUGCAGUGUGAUCUGUGUCCUGGGACAGGCAGCCACUGACUGUUCUGUCUGGUUCACCGUCACUUUUACAUUUGAUCGGUUUGUCGCCAUCUGUUGUCAGAAGGGGAAAACAAUGUAUUGCUCAGGGAGAAUCGCGGCAGCGGUUCUGAUAACAAGCGGCGUUUUGUUCUGCUUUAAAAAUGUGCCCACCUUUUUUAUAUUUCUUCCUGUUAACGUGAUUGACAAUAUACCCUGGGACUGUAUUCGAAAGCCGGCCUACUUUGAGGAUCCCGGGUGGGUGGGAUUUAGAUGGUUUUCUACCGUUCUAACACCAUUACUCCCGUUCGUGUUAAUACUACUGUUCAACGCUCUGACAGUCAGACACAUUUUGGUGACUAGUCGCGUCCGUAAGGGGCUGAGGGGUCAGAGCAAGGAGGAGAACCGCAGUGACCCGGAGAUGGAGAGCAGGAGGAGGUCUGUGAUCUUACUUCUCUCCAUCUCCGGAAGCUUCAUCAUCCUGUGGUCGGUGAGUGUUGCCGAAUUCCUUUAUAACACCAUCGCCGGGUUGGAUCAGAAUAAUUACAACGAUUCGGAAUACACAGUUGAACACUCCGGAUACAUGCUGAUGAUGUUAAGUUGCUGUACAAACACUUUUAUUUAUGGGGUAACUCAGUUGAAAUUCAGAGAGCAGUUCAUCAGCGCAGUGAAAUAUCCGCUCACGGCAAUUAUUCACCUAAUAUAUAAACAAAACUUCUAA